AUGAAUAAUGGAGGGUUUUUCCCUUGCAUCAUCGUUCUUGGUUUUCUUCUGCUGUGUGUCGCUGGAGGGAGCAGCGGUAGGGGUCGUGGUGGUGUGAUCAGUUGGGAUGAUCUGCGUGUGGAUGUUUGGCGGCGGCAGAGGAUGAGCUCCAGCGAGGGGUUGGGGAAUGGGACCAGAAUCAUUGUGGUCGAUAAAAAUUGCUCCGGCGACUCCACCACGGUGCAAGGGGCGGUGGAUAUGGUUCCUCAUAAUAACAAACAGAGAGUUAAGAUUUAUAUUCUUCCUGGCAUUUACAGAGAGAAGGUAUACAUACCCAUCACCAAGCCAUAUAUUUCCUUGAUUGGAAACAAGAAUAGAGUUACAGAUACUGUUAUUACAUGGAAUGACAAAGCAUCAGACAAAAGUAUCGACGGAGUCGAGCUCGGGACGUAUAGAACAGCAACAGUUGCAAUAGACUCAGACUACUUUUGUGCCACAGGAAUCACAUUUGAGAAUACAGUUGUGGCAAAGCCAGGAGAUAAGGGAAGACAAGGCGUAGCAUUAAGAAUAACAGGAGAUAAAGCAAUGUUCUAUAGAGUGAAAUUCUUGGGAGGACAAGAUACACUUCUAGAUGAUUUGGGCACACAUUAUUACUAUCAAUGUCACAUUCAAGGAAGUGUUGAUUUCAUUUUUGGUACUGCUAGAUCACUCUAUGAGCAAUGUGUGAUAACUUCUACAGCAGAGAGCUAUGGAGCAAUAGCAGCACAUCAUCGAGCCUCACCAGACGAUGACACCGGUUUCUCCUUCGUACGCUGUGUGAUUAAUGGAAGUGGGAAAGUAUACCUGGGAAGAGCGUGGGGGAACUACUCAAGAACAAUAUAUUCUAACUGUUACAUUGAAGAUGUAAUCAAUCCAUUAGGAUGGAGUGACUGGAAUGACCCAUCAAGACAAAGGACAGUAGCUUUUGGGCAAUAUAAUUGCAGGGGCAGUGGAGCUAGCACUAAAGAUUGGGUGAAAUGGGCAAAGACCUUCAACUACGAGGAAGUGAGACCUUUUGUAGAUAGGAAAUACAUCAAAGGAGAACAGUGGCUUAACUUAUGAGUUAACAAGAAGAAAUAACAACUUUUGACACUUCAGAACUUACACUUAUUGCUUCCUUCUCAAAGACAAUUACAUCAACACCAUAGAGUAUCUACGAGCUAGCGUCUACGUUUAGAGCAUUUCAUAAUUCUUUCAAAUGGUUGUGUCUACUUCCUUUUUUGUUUACAAAUUUUCUU